UUCACUGUCCAAUAUUAUCUGUUUGCUUGAAGGUUUAUAGUGGGCAGCUGAGCUCCUUGAAGUAUUUUUCUUUGGGAUAGGAGACAAAUCUCCAAAGUGCCAGGAGCUCCACCUUUUUGUCUUUCACCACAAUUCAUGCCAAAUUUUCAGAUACCUGGUGUUUUUCCUGCCCAAAGCUUGCUGCUGUAGACUAACAAUAGUAUUUUUAUUUCAUUUUUAUGUUGUUUUAUAACCCUUUAAAACAAAUGUAAUUUACUUCAGGAUGGCUGCAUGACAGAGUUGGGUAAUGCAAAUCCUGUCUGUUGAUUAUGGAAGUAGAUGACUAAUAUUUUUGUAAAGCAGUGCUGGCAUAUCUUUCAAUAUCAAGUGUUCUCUAGAUGCGUGUGGUUGUUAGUUGAGUGCUUGUGGACAUAUUUAGAUGAAAAUCAUGAGUGUGUAUGUGUGUUUUGUAUCUGUGUGUACAAUAUCAAGUCAAGCAAAUUGUCUUAUACAAAAGUCUAAACUAUACUCUUGGAGCAACAUACUGAAAUUUUUCUGCAGUGAGUAAUAAAGUGAUAAAGAGGCAAGGAUUUCUUGAGGGGUUUGCUGUUUGCUUGCAAUGGCGUUAGAACUUGUAAGACUAAAGUUGUAAGACCAAAAAAAACCUCCAGCAAUGUCUUGGUUGAGGUUAAAGUACGAAAGGCUGCAAUAAACUUUUGUAACUUUUCCAGGUCAUCUUGUAAUGGAAAAAAAUGGAGCUGAUUGUGACAUUGCUAUGGAAGGCACUAAUGAUUUGUUCAUAGGCAACUGUAAUAGUACAGGAGAGUCAGAAACAAAUGACCAGGUUUUUCAGAAAUUGCUACUCAAGAUUAAAGUACAUUUUACUGUUUUUCCUCUGUGAAAGCAUCUAACCUGCAUGGAUCCCAGGGAUCUGUUGUUUGGACAGAGUGACUCUCCCACAGCCUUGCCCAUCGCAGUACGCCUCUUGGACAGUUCUCCAUCAUUGGCUGCACCCGUGCGGCCAUCCCAGCCGCAGCCUUGCUCUGCAGAGGAGUUCCACCUGGUAGACCAAACUGGGCAGCCUCUCUACGAGCUGCAGGCCCUAGGAGGGCCCAGUGCGCAGAUGAUGAUUGUUGCCAGCCAGUCAGAAAAUGGACAGGUGCUGCAUGUCAUUCCUUCUGCCCAGCCAGGAAUGGCCCAAGUGAUUAUUCCUCAAGGUCAGCUUCUGGAUGUGACCAGCACGCAGGAUGUUUCAGAAGGGAAGUGUGGUGAUGGGAACUUGCAGACUGCGGCGGUGGCUGCUAUAGCAGACAGUGCAAGCAGUUACAUUCUACAUCCACAGGCAUCUCUCACCGUAUCGAAAAACCCAACCACCAGGGUAGUGGAAGAUCCCUUUCCCAUCCCUCUUCAGCCAUUGCCGCCAAAUACACCUGCAUGGGCGUGCCGUCUCAGGAACUGUGAGAAAAUUGGGGACUCGUACCGCGGCCAUUGUGUGAGCGAGACAGAAUUAGAGAGUGUCCUAACGCUACACAAGCAGCAAACACAAAGUGUGUGGGGGACGCGCCAGUCUCCAAGCCCAGCCAAACCCGCCACACGGUUGAUGUGGAAAUCUCAGUAUGUCCCAUAUGAUGGGAUCCCCUUUGUCAAUGCAGGAAGCAGAGCCAUUGUAAUGGAGUGCCAAUAUGGACCAAGGAGGAAAGGGUUCCAGCCCAAAAAAGCUGGUGAGCAGGAAAGCACCUCCGGCCAUCUGUACAAAGCCACUUGUCCAGCAAGGAUCUAUAUUAAAAAGGUUCAAAAGUUUCCGGAAUACCGAGUUCCUACUGACCCUAAAAUUGACAAGAAAAUCAUAAGAAUGGAGCAGGAGAAAGCAUUCAACAUGCUGAAGAAGAACUUGAUAGAUGCUGGCGGUGUUCUCAGGUGGUAUGUACAGUUACCCACUCAGCAAGCCCACCAAUAUCAUGAAAUGGAAACUUCCUGCCUCCCUUCUUCACCGUCCCAUUUUUCUGUGUCUUCUCCUGAGGAGGAGGAGGAAGUUGUUAGAGAUGAGAACUGUACUCUGCCUUCCCGACUUCAUCCUCAAGUGGCAGACAAGAUCCGAGAACUGGUGUCUCAGGGAAUAGAGCAGGUCUAUGCAGUGAGGAAGCAACUAAGAAAGUAUGUGGAAAGAGAAUUAUUCAAGCCUGAUGAAGUGCCAGAAAGACAUAACCUGUCCUUCUUCCCCACUGUGAAUGACAUCAAGAACCAUAUUCAUGAAGUGCAGAAGUCCCUGAGGAAUGGUGAGAUGGUGUGUAAUUCAGAAAGUAUCCCAGCAACGCUGCAGUGGACCACGGACAGUGGAAAUGUUCUCACAGAAACAGUGACUGUUACGUUUGCGUCACCACCUUCAGAUGGGAGCUCAGCAGGGGAGUCAGACGUCACCAAAGCAGAAUCCAACCACAGCGGGGAGUCCUUGCUACCAGAAACAGCUCAGCUGUUGUCUUCGCUCUCUUCACUUCAGCCCAAGAUAUUUGCACAACUUCAGGGAUUACAGCUGCAGUCAACUUUUACCUCCACAAAUGGAUCAACAGCCCUGAUAGCUGUAAAUAACCAUUCCCCUCCCAGCCCUGCAAGUCUCCUGGAUUCCAUAGGGAGUGCAAUAACCAACCAUUCUCUCGUACUUGGUCAGGGACACAGUCUGCAAGCAGGUGCUGGUCUAACACGGCAUAGCACUGCUGCCUCUGCUUUUGGGACUCUGCCCGGCUCUGAUCAGAGUCUGGUCACCAUGGGCCAGUUGGUAGCAGUUGGAGGGGUAGAUGACUCCAGAAGCCUAGAAGGAGGCAUCCAUCAGAUUCUUCUGGGAGAUGUACAGACUAUUCCAGUACGAAUUGUGGACAGCCAUCCAGCACUUACUGAAGAAAAUACAGAGGGUGUUAUCUGUGUGAGCCAAGUUAAACAAGAGCCACGGGAAAAAGCAUUGUCUGCGGAGCCAGAUAAAAUCAGAGACUGCCAUAGUCCCUCACCUAUUUAAAUCAGUGAAGCCCGGAA